GGUGAUGCUGGUAAUGAUGAUACAAACAAAAGUCAUUCUUUUAGCUUUUCUCUGAAUUAGGGCCCCCAAUUUUCUCUCACUGCCAUGCAUUCUAAUUUUGAGCUUCUUCUUUAUCUGUCACAAUAUAGACUCUGCUUCUUCCGCUUUUGUUUAUCUAAGGAAACAAAACAGAGGUUCUUUAUAUAAGAGAACGUCAGAAAAUCUUGUGUAGAGUGAGAGAUGAGAUGGGGAACCACAAGUUCAGAAUUUCCGAAAUGAUCCCAAAUGCAUGGUUUCACAAGCUCAAAGACAUGACCAAACAGUCUAAACCCAAAACCAAACCUUUUUCUUCUUCUUCCUCAAACAUUUAUAACAAGAAGAAACCCUCCUCAGAUUCUCUUCUUCAUCAGUCUUCAACCUCUCAUUUCUCCAACAGAUUCGUAGCUGACAAUCCUCACCAUAACUCACCAAGAAACUCUCUUCACACAAAAAGGAUGAGUAAGAGAAAGACACUUUACAAGCCAUCCGUUAAACCAAUCACUCCUUUUGCAUCUGAAGGUUUUAACAAGAGCAAUUUCAACGGUCAAGAUUCCUCUCACUGCUUGUUUCCAGCUCUUGAAAGCUCCCCUGAGUCUUUUUUGUAUAGUUUCUACGAGGAGGAGGAUGUUGAGUUCGUUAAUUCUUCCAACCUUAAGAUCGACUCAAAGAACAAAGCUUUCACCAAGCACAAGGUCAAAGAGUCUGAUUCGAUAGAGAAAGCUUGCCCUGCAAGUAACCCAGCUAAGAAGCCGCUAAAAAGCCAUCUUUCUGUGAAGAUUAGGCAAGAGUUAGAAGAAGAUGAUGAUGAAUGCAGAGCAGAGAGGAAAUACCAAAAGAAAAUUUCUAGUGGAAGAAAAUCAUCUGCAGGGAUAAACCUCAAAAAGGUAAAUUCUCCAAGAAUUCAACUCUCAGGUACGCGUCGAAGCACUUCCAGAUCAGAGAGCAAACAAGUUGUGCUUGAAAGUUUCGCAGUGAUGAAGAGUUCUGUUGAUCCAAAGAAAGAUUUCAGAGAAUCAAUGGUGGAGAUGAUAGAAGAGAACAACAUCAGAGCUUCAAAAGACUUGGAGGAUCUUCUUGCUUGUUACCUUACCUUGAAUCCAAAGGAGUAUCAUGAUCUAAUCAUCCAGGUUUUCGAACAAAUCUGGCGUCAACUCACAAAAACUAAGUAAACAAACCCUCUUACUAUCAGUUAACUUCUGGUGAAAAUAGUAUCAUAUCUUGUGAAAUUGUAGUUGUUCUUGAUGUUCAUAAGAAGUUAGUUGGAACUGUAGAAAUUCUCUCAGUUUUAUGCUUUUUUUUUCUUUAUUUCUCUCUUUAUCAGUGGAACCAAUUAAUAAAAAGUUGUGAUCAUAUUGUCGUUA